ACGGCGACAGGCCCCUAAUUAAAAGGCGGCCAAUUGGAACCGCCGGAAGGAAGCCUUGUGCCCCAGCCUCCCGGCCGGGACGCGUCAGUCACCCAGCGGGUAGCCAAUCGGCGGGGGGGGGGGGGGGUGCUGGCCAAGCGCCCGCCCCUUUCCUUGUGGUGGCGCCGAGAGAGCGCGGCGCGGCGGCCGAGGUAAACACUGGCCGUGCGAGCAGAGAGCUGUCAAACAGCAGCUCCACCAACUCCCACCACCACCAGCAACCCCACUCACACAACAACCAAAAACUCUCUGCAGCAGCAGCAGCAGCAGCAACAACAACAACAAAAAGGAGAAGGAAACGCAACCAAAGAUAAAGAGAGAAUUUUUGAAAAAGGAAAAUACACUUUAUUUCUAUUUAUUUCUGGCAAUCUUAAACAACUGCUGCAAAAAAAGAAAGAGGAGAGAGAGAGAGACAAGCGAAAGGGGGAAAGCCAUGGCGACAGCGACGUCCAAUCCGUACAUGCCGAGCAAUAGCAUCCUAUCGGCCAACUCUAUCGUGCACAGCGAUUCAGGCGGCAUGCAGCAAGCGACUACAUACCGAGAUCCCUCCAAAAUGGUGCAAAGCGAUUUCAUGCAGGGAGCACUCGCCAGCAACGGCCACAUGCUCAGCCAUGCACACCAGUGGGUGACGGCGCUGCCGCACACCGAUGCCGGCUCUCCCUGGUCCACGGCCAUGUCCGGCAGCCCCCUGGGUCAGCAGCAACAGCAGCAGCAGCAGCAGCAACAGCAACAGCAGCAACAGCAGCAACAGGAUGUGAAGCCGUCGGUGCAAGUCGUGGGUCGGGACGAACUGCACACGGGAGCCGCUCCGUUGCAUCACCACCGCCCGCCGCACUUGCCGCCGCACCAGCCGUCUCACGGCGGCCACCCCACCGCCUGGGGGGCGACCACCACGGCUCACCUGCCUUCCAUGGGCUCGGCCGUCCAGCCGCUCAUCUACUCGCAGCCCGGGGGCUUCACCGUCAACGGGAUGCUGAGUCAAGCGGGAGGGCAGAGCCUGCACCCGGGGCUGAGAGACACUCCGGAGCUGGUGGACCACGGGCAGCCGCACCACAGUCACGACCACUCCGACGAGGACACGCCGACCUCGGACGACCUGGAGCAGUUCGCCAAGCAGUUCAAGCAGAGGAGGAUCAAGCUGGGCUUCACCCAGGCCGACGUGGGCUUGGCGCUGGGCACCCUGUACGGCAACGUCUUCUCGCAGACCACCAUCUGCCGGUUCGAAGCGCUGCAGCUGAGCUUCAAGAACAUGUGCAAACUCAAGCCGCUGCUGAACAAGUGGCUGGAAGAGGCCGACUCGACGACCGGCAGCCCUACCAGUAUCGAUAAGAUCGCGGCACAGGGCAGGAAGAGAAAGAAGCGCACAUCCAUCGAGGUCAGUGUCAAGGGGGCUUUGGAGAGCCACUUCCUCAAAUGCCCCAAGCCCUCGGCGCAGGAGAUCACAGCCCUGGCAGACAGCCUGCAGUUGGAAAAAGAAGUUGUCCGGGUUUGGUUCUGCAAUCGGAGGCAGAAGGAGAAACGCAUGACUCCGCCGGGAGGAGUGCAGCAAACGGACGAUGUUUACUCACAGGUCGGCAAUGUAAACGCCGAUACACCGCCCUCUCACCAUGGACUACAAACCGCCGUGCAGUGAAAGAAAAACACUAAACAUAGACUGUUUAGACUGGAUUUUUAAACACAAAAAAAUAUGGGACUGAACGAAAUCAACAAGAUCAGGACUAUCGCAAUGAUAGCAGGUUUUCUACUGUGAUUGUGAGGCUGCCGAUUGAAUAGAACGAGUGCAUUAAAACUGCAGGUGUCUUUUCUUUUUUUUAAAACAUGAAAAAUCUGAACCCUCUUUGGCUUGUGGUGAUCGACAGGUGGACCCACCCCCACCCUCGCAUCCCCAGACAAUUCCAGAUAAGUGUGAAUUCAUUUCUCUGUUGUUACAGAAGGACUGGUUUAUAAAUGAUUACAGGUUUGGUCCAGUUCAGAUUGGCCGUGGUCGUUGGUUGACUGAGGUACCUACCUGGUAUACUUCCAGCGGCGGGUUGUUUUCCCCUUGGUUCUAUCAAGUGCACAUACAACAUGGAAACAACGAAAAUCCUUUCAUUGUGUUAUUUUGAAAUAGAGAAACUGUUCCUAAUGUAAAUCAUGGCGUAAGGAAAGGUGAUAAUCUGUACUCACUAACUAGAAAGGAAAACCGGCAAAAGAGGGCCUUUAAAACGCAAACCUCCCGAACAACGUUAAACCUGCAAGGCAGGGGAAAUUUCAAGAGAAAAUAAUUCAAUGGGUUGAUCCAAAAAUAAUGACAGAUGGAACUUUCGGCGUCGAGGCUUGUUGGAAAAGAUAAGACAAAGGACUGGGGGAUUUGGGCGAGAAAUCGUCCCAGAUGUGGCUUUGAUGAUUGGUUCAUUAUGUUGUGUUCGACCUCAUCCCCACCCCCCUUCCCAACACCAUCCCCCCAAAAAAAAACCUUCGCCCCAAUGUUUUCUAAUUUCACCUCCAGCCGAAUGGAGUAGAAACAUUUUUUAUUAAAAAAGAAAAAAACAGAGAGAAAAAAAACCACUCUACCAUCUGCAGCUGCACUUACUGAACUUAUCCUCUUCUCAAACCAUUGCCAAGUUGAAUGAAUGGGUGCUGUGGAUGCGACUGUGUAAAACUGCCAUUUCCAAGCAGUGUUCUUGGUAGGUUUCAAUAUAGACUUUACAAAGACGGCAAUAUAGAGUCAGUAGAUCAGUUACUGAUCUAAAAAAUAUUUACUUUAUAUUUUCAUCAAAAUUGACUUCUUUUAAUAUUUUAUUCAGAAUACCUAUGAACUGCUGCAAAACGGUAAUUUAUUUUUCCCCAGAUCUUGUAUUAGAUGUUUUCAAAACGAGCACAAAUAAAUGCGAUGAAAAAUGGACAGUUGUUAGGUAAUAAGGGUAUCUUUUGAUGUGAUAAUUUGAUUGUAAUUUAAUUUGAGUAGUGAUUCCGUAAGAGAUGAUUCAAGAAAUAAAUUUGUUAGAGUCAAACGA